GACAGACACACUCUUGCAGCAACACUGGUCUAUUACAUUUUGCAACAUGAUAAUUAUACAUCUAUUUCAAUUUCACUGUUGGCCUCUCUCACAUAUGCACACACUCUCUUUUUGUUUGUCUCAGACACUCACACUUAUGUCUUGUAUCCUUUGUUAUUUCUUGAAGACCCCCAUUUUUCUAUAUUACAUUUUACAUUAAAUAAUAAAAGAAAAAUAUUAAAACAUCCUGUCGUAGGCUGUCCUAAGCAUUUCCCACCUCAUACUGAUCCCUCACAACAGGCAUUAAGCAGAGCUGGUGGUCAAAGUCAAACUCUUGUAAACACCGGCAGCUCUUCUAGUAAGGCCUACGAUGAUUGGUUCUUGCUCGUCGUGACCUGGCAACCAAGUGGAAGCUUUCAGACGCUCUAUCCCAAACAGCAAAAGAAUCCAGGAUCUGCCUGCUUUGUUGCCGCAGACAAGUUCUUAGUAUAAAUUAUCAAACCGAACCGGUGCUCAAGCGUGACUAUUCAACAUGUCUUCGAGAACACUACCUCUCCUCUUCAUUAAUCUCGGUGGAGAAAUGCUUUACAUCCUGGAUCAACGCCUACGAGCUCAGAAUAUCCCAGCCGACAAAGCCAAGAAAGUAGCUGAAUGGAUAGAGGAGGACAUGAGACAAGUCAUGAAUGACAUCAUCACUACCAUGUUCAAUAAGAAGUUCCUGGAGGAGCUGUUCAAACCACAGGAGCUGUACUCCAAGAAGGCCUUGAGAACUGUGUUCGACCGACUGGCCCAUGCCUCAAUCAUGAGGCUCAACCAGGCCAGCAUGGACAAGCUCUACGACCUGAUGACCAUGGCUUUCAAGUAUCAAGUCCUGUUGUGCCCGCGGCCAAAGGACAUUCUACUGGUCUCCUUCAACCACAUGGACGCCAUCAAAGACUUUGUGAGAGACACACCCAGCAUCCUCAGCCAGGUGGAUGAGACGUAUAGGCAGCUCAUAGAGAUAUAUACACCACUGUCUGCUGGGGAGUUUCAGCUGAUCAGGCAAACACUUCUCAUAUUUUUCCAAGACAUGCACAUACGGGUAUCCAUAUUCCUGAAAGACAAAGUGCAGAAUUCCAAUGGACGCUUCGUGCUUCCCACAUCUGGUCCACUGCCAUGUGGGACACAGGUUCCUGGACAGAUCAGGCAGUUCAGUUGUUCGGGCGAGGAGGUUAAGAGGCUGCAGUUCUCCAUUGGUGGGAACUACACCAGUGCUCCCCGUGAGGGUUCGUUUGAAAUGUUUGGCGAGAGGGUAAUCAAGUUGGGCACAAACAUGUAUAGCGUGAGUCGUCCAGUGGAGACCCACAUGUCUGGAACAUCGAAGAAUUCAGCACAGCACACUAAGGUCAAUACUGCACCCAAUCCUCUUGCAAAAGAAGAACUGAACCUGCUUGCAAGGCUUAUGGGGGGCAUGGAGAUGGAGAGACCUGCUAACACUGACUCAGGGUUCCGUGUGAACCUCUUUGCCACAGAUGAGGAAGAGGAAGAAGCUUUGAUAUCAAGACCAGAAGAGCUCUCAUAUGAAGUUAUAAAUAUUCAAGCAACCAAGGACAAGCAGACCAAUGCUGAGCUUGCCAAGAUCAUGGGAGAGUUUGGCGAGUCUGGAGAUCCCGCCCCUACUGCUAGCAACAAAGGGGAUGACCUGUUGGCUAUGAUGGACGGUCUGUGACGCAUUGCCGGCUUGUGGCAGCCUUUGAGGCUAAACAGGUUAGACGCCUACAGGGUGUCAUGCUGUGGACAAGGGAUGGAGUAGACCAAACGCCUUGCCUCACAGUCAAUGUGGACCUGUGUGUGUGUGUCUGAUAUGGGACAAAACCUCCAUUGUGUGUGUUUUUAGAGUGGGAGUUUGAUGUGAGGAAGACUCAGGUUCUGGCUGAUCAGGGUAUUUUGGGUCAUCAAAAAUCUGCUGCAAUAGUUUACAGUCCAGGCAGAGGGCAAAAUGUUUGCUUCAAUGUGUGUGUGUGUGGCUGUGACUAGAACCAGCUCAGAGCAUUUAUUGGUGUAACCGUGCUUCAUGUUCCCAAAGCUAUGAUUUUGCUUUUCAUGAACAACAGGUGGCACACUGUGUUUCAUCAACACCAGGCGACACACACUAGACCCAAAAUCUUAAUUAUGCGUUACUGUGCCGUACCACCAGGGGGCAUAACAUAUCCAUAGUCAUUUAACAAUGAUGGAUCAUGUUUAAUUAAGUACUGUUGUGCUAACUGUAGUAACUUAAGUAUUGUUGUAACCAGUGCAACAACUUAAUAUGGUCAGGCCACAGAGUCACACAGUUUCUAUCUUUGCUAUCAGGCUAACACUUCUAAACACUAUCAGAAUCCUCUUGUUUCAAUUACUCUCAGCCUCAGCUGUUAACAUAGUGUGGCUCAUUCUCAUGGCAGUUGUUUGGAAGGUUUUGAGCAUGUUGAUCUAGCACCUGCUGUAAAAGCCCAGGCAUUUGUAAAUGAGUUGCGCUAACCUGAAGUGAUUAGCUUAUCUGCUCAGAAGAGUAAAGGAGGGAAACCUAAGUGCACUUGUCAUUUUGUUUGAAAUUUGUAUCCAAAAAUAAUUGUGUGAACUGAAUGUCAUUGUCAGUUGGUUACAAAGCUCUAAAUGUACAGGAAAAUAUUAGAAAUGUCUAGUCCAUGGUUUAAAACAUCUUAUUGAUUCACCAUUGCAGUGAAUUUAAUUAGUAAUCAUGGUAGGUUGGUAGAAUAUGGCCAACAAACUAUUUUGUAAAUACAUUUUUGAAAUUAUUGUGGCUAUUUAUUCAAAUAUUUAAUUAUGUCUGUUUUUCUUAUUCUUUCUGUAAAUUAGGCCAUAUGUUUAUUAAAACAAGAUUAUUUUUGCUUUCUUUUUUCAUUAAUUUUUUCUAAUGUAGUUUGAAUAAAAAAUAUUUUAACUCA